AUGUCCACAGCAAGGAACCAGAGGCCUAGGAAUACAAAUGCAAGAGACUUAAUUGACAACCUCCAGACAGAUCUCACUUGCUCCAUCUGCCUGGACUACUUCAUUGACCCAAUGACUGUCACAUGCAGCCAUAGCUUUUGCACAGAGUGUCUUCUCCAACCUCAUUUGCUGCAGAGCAUGGUGGGCCUGACCACCUGUGAUCAACAUAAGGAAAAAAGGAAGUUCUUCUGUGAGGAAGACAAGACAGUCCUCUGUGAUUGCUGUUUAUUAGCCCCAGAGCACAAGGACCAUCAAGUCCUUCCCUUAGAAACAGCUGCUGACAAGAGCAAGGAUAAGCUCCAGGAGACAUUGACUGUCUUAAAGAAAAAAGAAGAGGAAUUUAAAAUGGCAUUGGAUGAAGUGAGAAGGAGAGAGACUCACUGUAAGGAGGCUGCCUCCACUUUGAAACGCUCUGUUAUUUCUGAAUAUGGGAAAAUGCACCAGUUCUUAUGGGAUGAAGAAUAUCAAUACUUGCAAGAAAUGGACCAGGAAUCUAAAGACAAUCUGGUCAAACUGGAGAAAGGCAAAGCCAAGCUGUCCCAACAAAUCCAGAAUCUGCAAGGAAGGAUUGUAGAAAUAGAGGAGAAUUUGGACAAGGUGCCCUUGGAAAUGCUGCAGGAUAUGAAAGACACUAGGAAGGAGGAGCUGCUACUUCAAGAACCAGAGCUUGCUUGCCCUCAGUGGCCCACCUGGUCCAUCACAGGCUUGAGAGAAGUGCUCUUGAGUUUCCAGAGGGAUAUAACUCUUGAUCCUGAAUCAGCCAAUCCUCAUCUCAUCCUGUCUGAAAACUUGAAGAGGGUCCAGUAUGGAAGUGUCCCUCAGAAUCUGCCUGACAACAAAGAGAGAUUUGACAUUGCUCUUGUUGUUUUGGGGGCCCAGACCUUCACCUCAGGCAAACAUUAUUGGGAAGUGGAGGUGGAAUAUAAGACAGUCUACCCUAUACAAAAAGUGGGUAUUUUUCUUGAUUAUGAAGAGGGACAUAUAGCAUUUUAUGAUGUCACAGACAGAUCCCUUAUCCACAGUCUCUCAAACAUAGCCUUUGAAGGACCUCUUCGCCCUUACUUCUCUUUUGGCAUUCCUAAUGAAGAAAGUGCUCCUGGAUCACUCAUUAUCUGCCCCAGUAGUAAUCAGUAG